AUGACAACUGCUAGAAUUUGCGAAUUCAAUAAGAAAUUUAAUACUAAUUUUCAAAUAUAUAUGCCCAAACAUAGACAUUUUCAACCACAGAAAGUAACCGAAGAAUUAGAUUGGGUUUUUUAUUUACACAAAGAUCAUUUCUGUUUGAUAAGAAGAAAUAACAAAGCUUUGGGCAUUAAAGAAAUAGAAGAUAAUUACGAUGAAAACGUAUGGAGAACUUGUGAAGAUGAUAAUGCGGUAACGCAAGUUUCACUUCUAAAACUAAACGUUUUUCCAACCAUUCCCGAUUAUUGUUUAUACGCAUGGGAUUGCGAAACCUAUUGCGAAAAAGAAACGAAUAAAGCCAUUCCUUAUUGUUGUACUUUAGUCAAUUUGGAAAAACUGAGGAAAAGAUUAGAUGAUUAUAAUAAUUACUUACGUGAUUUAAGUGAUUUUAAUGAGACUCUAGAUUUUAAGCCGUCAGAUCCCAUUUCAGAAGAAUUUUACAACAAACUCAAGACUAAUAUAGUAGAAAUAUUUGUAGGUACAGAUUGUAUAGAUCAAAUGUUACAACGUUUAGGAAAAGUAGAUCAGAAAAGACUAACUUUAAUUUCCCAUAACGGCAGUGGUUUUGAUAACUGGAUCAUGAUCAAAAACGUAAAAAAACUAACACAGUGCCCUUUAAAAACAGCUAGAGGAAUUCUGUCUCUACCUUUAACUAAUUCAUUCACUGAUGAAUAUUUACAGAAAAAACGGAAAAGACAGAAAGAAAUAAAGGGUAACUCUAAUUAUUUGCAAAAUAUUAAUUUCACAUGUUCCUAUCAACACGAAUCAUCUAGUUUGGCAGCAUGGGGAAAAUCAUCUAAUCUACCAAUGAAUUUGAGAAAGAUCGAGGAUAUUAAUAUUGCAAAAUACACUAAAGAUAAUUGGGAAUCUUUAAGACACGAAUGGGAACCUUACGCUAAAAGAGAUACUCUAUGUCUCGGAGCUUUUUUGAUAAAAUACAAUCAAGCCAUGAAAAAAACUGUCUUCCAAAACGUUUCCAAUAAUCUAACGGCUCCUUUAUCUUUAAAGGGUUGGUAUUAUUUAUAUCAUUACGAUAAAGAAAUGGUUGAAGAAGAAUGGUAUGAAAGUACUAGAAUGGUUCCGAAACAUACGGAAAAACAAAACGUAGAAAAAGUUUACUCGCAUACUCACCCUUUUAUAAGAUAUUUUAUCAGACAAAGUAUUAAAGGAGAAAGAGUUUCGGCAAAUCGAAAAUCAUUUGAAACGAAUAAAAUGAAUGAGAUCUGCGCCAUAUUAAAAGAAUACAAUGAAAGUGACACUGAAGGAAUAAUAGAUUUAUUCAAAGAAUACAGUGUUAACCCAAAAGAUAAAACGGAAGUUCACGCUAAACUCAAAGAACUGGACUAUUCUAAACUGAUGGCAUUUGACGCUAAUGGGUUAUACGCUUCAGCCAUGACAGAAGGUGAAUAUCCUAAAGCGGAAAGUGCAAGAGCGUUUCUACUAGAAGAAGAAAAAGAAUUUGUAAAACUCUUCAAUAAACAAAAAUUCAGACCUAGAACUGCUAUUUUAAAAGUUUGGUUUGAAUAUCCCAAAAAAAUGUUCUUUCAACCCAUACCAGCUAAAGAUAAAAUAACUUUUACGAAUAGAAUAGGUCAGAAGGAAACUGGCACUAAAAUCAGGUUCAGAAAUGGUUUCUGUCACGACGUUUUAACAUCAGUUGAUAUUCAAGAAAAAGUGAAAUCCGGUGGUAAAAUUAUUAGAAUAUUAGAUGGUAUAGUUUACGAAAAAAAUUUUAAAACUCCACCAUACAGAGAUUAUAUUUUAAUUUUGAAGGAAUUAAGGAAUAAAUACAAAAAAGGAGAUAUGGUUGCUAGUAAUUGCAUGAAAUUAUUAGGUAAUUCCUUAUACGGUAAAUCUAUUCAGAAGGAUAUAAAUACAUCGAGACAUCUAUGGAGUGAAGCGACUUUUAAAGCCAACUUCGAUUCACACGUCAAAAGCUAUGAAAAAGUAAAUGAUAGUCAAUAUAUAGUUGAGAUGAAUGAAGAAGAAAAAGAGUUUGUUCCUCCAAAGGAUUUUACUAGAUUAACACCCACUCAUUUAGGUGCAUUUAUAUUAUCUCACAGUAAAAAAAUAAGGAACAAUUUCAUUCACGUCAUAGAUGGAUUUUAUAUGCCUGAAAUAUACUAUACAGAUACCGAUAGUUUAUACAUUUCGUCUAGUAAUUGGGAUAAAUUAAAUGAAGCUGGGUUGGUGUCUGAAAACGAAUAUAGCAAAGGGAAGAAUGAUUACGGUGAUGGUGGAAUCAUAUUUGGUUUAUAUUUAGCGCCAAAAGUAAAAUACAAUAUCAUUCUAACUUUCGAUGGUGUUUUAAAAGAAAAGAAAACGUUUAAGGGUUACUCUAACUAUAAGAUUAAGGUAGAAGACUACAUUCAAUUAGCUAGUGGACAUGACGUAACGAAUGAAUUUAAGAAACCUUGGGUAAAAAGUUUUACUAAUGGAAUAGUUAUUCCUAAUGAAAAACAAAAGAAAGUUUUUAGAAGUUAUCUGAAUCUCGUUAAGAGAAAAACACCAAACAGUGAAGGAAUUAUGUAUCCUUACAACAAUAAAGAUGAGAUGUGUUUGGAUGAAAACUAUGAAUUUGAUGAUUUCGAUUAUCUAACUAUUCAAGAAGAGAAUGAAGAGUGUUAUUUUUUUUGUUUUAAAUGA